ACCCUCAUUUUCUCUCUCUGUCGCCUCACUUUGAAGCUGCUCAUCCAUCCGCCGCAGGUCUUUAGUAAUGGCAGCGUCUGCCUCUUUCACUCCGUCCGUCGCCCCCUCUCCCUCCAAGACCCUAAAACCAGCUCCAAAAUCACUAGGGCUGGGGUUAGGGUUUCUCUCCUCCUCUUCCAAAACCCUAAAACCUCUCGUCUCCCGCAUCUCGACGAUCGCCCACUCCACCAAGGCAGGCGCCGCCGGCGCUCGGAUGGUCUCCAUGCCGGCGAUCAAGGCACCGACGCUGCUCGAUUUCGAGACCUCCGUCUUCAAGAAGGAGAAGGUCACUCUCGCCGGCCACGACGAGUACAUCGUUAGAGGAGGAAGGGAUCUGUUUGGUUUGCUUCCAGAUGCAUUCAAGGGGAUUAACCAGAUUGGCGUGGUCGGGUGGGGUUCUCAGGGUCCUGCUCAAGCGCAGAAUUUGAGGGAUUCACUUGCAGUGGCAGGGUCCAACAUCGUGGUCAAGGUUGGGCUGAGGAAAGGCUCUCACUCUUUUGCCGAAGCGCGUGCUGCUGGAUUUAGUGAGGAGAAUGGAACUCUGGGUGACAUUUGGGAAACUGUUUCAGGCAGUGAUCUUUUGUUGCUAUUGAUUUCUGAUGCUGCACAGGCGGAUAAUUACGAGAAAAUCUUUUCUCACAUGAAACCAAACAGCAUCCUUGGGCUUUCUCAUGGCUUUCUUCUUGGACAUCUUCAGUCUUCGGGGCUUGAUUUCCCCAAGAACAUUAGUGUGAUUGCUGUAUGCCCCAAGGGAAUGGGUCCAUCUGUGAGGAGACUGUACGUUCAGGGCAAGGAGAUAAAUGGUGCAGGAAUCAAUUCUAGUUUUGCCGUCCACCAGGAUAUUGAUGGUAGAGCUACAGACGUGGCCCUUGGAUGGUCAGUUGCUCUUGGUUCUCCAUUUACAUUUGCCACUACAUUGGAGCAAGAGUACAAGAGUGACAUUUUUGGGGAGCGUGGCAUUUUACUUGGAGCUGUGCAUGGAAUGGUGGAGGCUUUGUUUAGGAGGUAUACUGAAAAUGGAAUGAGCGAAGAUCUGGCUUACAAGAACACUGUGGAGUGCAUAACUGGAAUUAUAUCAAAGACCAUUUCAACAAAGGGCAUGGUUUCUGUGUACAACUCACUGUCUGAGGAUGGCAAAAAGGAAUUCCAAGCCGCAUACAGUGCAUCAUACUAUCCUUGCAUGGACAUUCUCUAUGAGUGCUAUGAGGAUGUUGCCUGCGGAAGUGAGAUCCGAAGUGUUGUCUUGGCUGGACGCCGCUUCUAUGAGAAGGAAGGGCUACCAGCUUUUCCGAUGGGUAAGAUCGAUCAGACACGAAUGUGGAAAGUUGGUGAGCGAGUCCGAGCAACUCGGCCAGAAGGAGACUUGGGCCCCUUGCACCCUUUCACAGCAGGUGUUUAUGUGGCACUAAUGAUGGCUCAGAUUGAGGUGUUGAGGAAGAAGGGACAUUCAUACUCGGAGAUCAUCAAUGAAAGUGUGAUCGAGUCGGUGGAUUCUCUGAACCCCUUCAUGCACGCUCGUGGGGUCUCAUUCAUGGUUGAUAACUGCUCCACGACAGCGCGAUUGGGGUCUAGGAAGUGGGCUCCUCGUUUCGACUACAUUUUGACUCAACAAGCUUUUGUGUCCGUCGACAAUGCUUCCUCCAUCAACCAGGACCUUCUCAGCAACUUCUUCUCAGACCCUGUACACAGCGCCAUUGAGGUCUGUGCACAGCUGAGGCCAACAGUUGACAUAUCGGUUCCUGCAAAUGCAGAUUUCGUUCGUCCAGAGCUACGCCAGUCUAGCAAUUAGGUAGAGGAUAUUUAGGACCCAUCGGAGACCUGCCUUCCAUUGGCAGGAGAAACUUGUUAAUCAGGACUCAGGAUUUCCUCUCCUGCUCUAAAUCAUUGGUCUAUGCAUCAUGGCAGGAACACUUCAAGAUGGAUCCUUAAGCCAGCAGUGUCCACAGUGAUGACCACGGCAUGAAAGUAAGCUCUAUCGAUGUUAGGGUUUUGUGAGUAGAGGCAUUCUCGCAGUGCACCGUAAGUUAUCAAGUUUUAUGUUUUUUUUUUUUUUUAGCUGCUAUGGUUGCAAGCGUGAAGCAAAACAUCAUCAUGCAUUAUUUAUAUCAUUGGAAGCUUUCAAUAUAGACUCCAUUACUGAUAUACAGCGUAUCCAUGGGAAUAGUGUUAUAUUGAGGUCCGUAGCAACUAUUCCA